GUCGGUGCUCGAGGUGGGAGUACCGACGUGCGGGGAGCCGCGAGCCGCGCGACUGGACAAAGUGUGCCCGCGCCCAGAAGAGGUUGCGGGGAAUGGGGGGGGCACUCUGGCACGCGCCCAGCCGAGCCAUGCGCUUGUCGUCGAAGCUGCGCUGACUUUUUGCGGCGCCGCGCGACACGCAGCGAUGGAAAGUGCCGACAACGCGAGCCGCCCCGCGGGGAACGACAGCAACCCGUUUGGGAGGAACGAAGAGGUCGCCAAGAUAGAGAUCACCGUGCUGAGCAUCACCUUUGUGGUGGCGGUCCUGGGCAACCUGAGCGUCCUGCUGGCCAUGUACAACACCAAGAAGAAGACGUCGCGCAUGCACCUCUUCAUCAAGCACCUGAGCCUGGCCGACCUGGUGGUGGCCUUCUUCCAGGUGCUGCCGCAGCUCUGCUGGGAGAUCACGUUCCGCUUCUACGGACCCGACUUCCUGUGUAGGAUCGUGAAGCACCUGCAGGUGCUCGGCAUGUUCGCCUCCACCUACAUGAUGGUCAUGAUGACCCUGGACCGCUACAUCGCCAUCUGCCACCCCCUGAAGACCCUACAGCAGCCCACCCGCAGGUCCUACACCAUGAUCAUCAGCACGUGGCUGUGCAGCCUGGUGCUCAGCACCCCGCAGUACUUCAUCUUCUCUCUGAGCGAGAUCAAGAAUGGCUCUGAGGUCUAUGACUGCUGGGGGCACUUCAUUGAGCCUUGGGGGGUCAGAGCAUACAUCACGUGGAUAACCGUGGGCAUCUUUCUCAUCCCGGUCGUUAUCCUGGUCAUCUGCUAUGGGUUCAUCUGCUGCAGCAUCUGGAGGAACAUCAAGUAUAAAACUAAGAAGAACGGACUGGAGGCCUCUUCCAAGACAGCCGUCAUCGGGAAAUCCUCGGUCAACAGCGUGAACACCAUCUCCAGGGCCAAGCUGAGGACGGUCAAGAUGACCUUUGUCAUAGUUCUCGCUUACAUCAUCUGCUGGGCCCCGUUCUUCAUCGUGCAGAUGUGGUCGGUGUGGGACGUGAACUUCUCGUGGGAUGAUUCGGAGAACACGGCCGUGACCCUGUCCGCGCUGCUCGCGAGCCUCAACAGCUGCUGCAACCCCUGGAUCUACAUGGUGUUCAGCGGACACCUCCUGCAGGACUUCGCGCACUGCUUCCCGUGCUGCCCCAGCUUGCAGGGCCGCUUCCGGAAGGAGGACUCGGACAGCAGCAUCCGAAGAACGACCCUCUUAACGCGCAUCCCCAACCGGAGCCCGACGUGCAGCUCGGGCACCUGGAAAGACCUGGAAAUAUCCCCGCAGUCCUCCACGUCCAUCCCGCGCGAGCCAUAAUUCUUACAGAUCUGUGGGAGGAUAUGCGUUCGAUCCCUGCUCAGUCUGUGUGGAGUUUGCAUG